ACGUCUCUCUCUCUCUCUCUCUCUCUCUCUCUCUCUCUCUCUCUCUCUCUCUCUCUCUCUCUCUCUCUCUCUCUCUCUCUCUCUCUCUCUCUCUCUCUCUCUCUCUCUCUCUCUCUCUCUCUCUCUCUCUCUCUCUCUCUCGUAUGAUCUUAUCUCUUUUAUCCUCAAUUUUUAAUUCUACUGCUUUCCAUCUUCUCCACAUUUUUGGCAAAAACUAAGAAUACCCACUGCGGUAUUUUAAUCCAACAAUCAUAUUCGACAAGAAGCAGGUGAGGAAAGUACCACUGAACAAAAGGCGAACAAGCUCAAAAAUGGCCACAAUUAAUUCUUGUGGUCCUUAAUCUCUGAAACAAGUUUUAUUGAAACAUGCAACCACCAAACGAGACCAUCUUCCUGGAUGCCGAUGAGUCUGAUAUCAGUGUAUCAAAAGACAGUUCUACCACUUCAUCAACCCUCACAAACCACUCAUCCGUUGUUCUUGACUUGACUCUUGGUUUUAAUAACAAUGAGAUUCCUAAGUCUACUGGUUUAGAAUCAGGGUCCCCGACAACUGUCUCAGUACCAGCUAAACCACGUGUAUUCUCUUGUAAAUACUGCAGGCGUAAGUUUUACAGUUCACAGGCAUUGGGAGGCCAUCAAAAUGCACACAAGAGAGAGAAGAUGCUUGCGAAUAGAGCCAUCAAGAUGGGACUGAUGUCCAGUAGAUUUACCAGUCUCGCAUCUUUGCCUCUUCAUGGGUUCACAUCUCGGUCUCUGGGUAUCGAAGCUCAUGGCUCGUUGCAUCAACAUGUUGUGCCUCCGCAGAUGCCGAUUUUUCAUGCAGUGAGAGGUGGAACAAGGUUUGACCAGAGCUAUUGUGGGAUACCGGUAUUUGUGGAAGAAGAUGAAGCUGAACUGGUUUGGCCUGGUAGUUUUAGGGAGAUUGAUGGGACGCCUUUAGAUUCGUCUACAUUGCCAGAUCUUACUCUCAAACUUUGACCUUUUUAGAGGUUAUUGGGAGUUUUGUAGUAUAUUCUAAGAUUGUGAUCAAAUCGGGUAUCCUUGUUUGUACAGUGAGAUUAUGAAGAUUGGGUUUGCCUGAUUCUACUGGUAGCUUGUAUUGUAUGUAUAAGCGGCAUAAAUUUUCUGAAGCUUAAUAAAGAUGCUGGUCUGAGUACAUGCCAGCAAUGGCUUUGCCUGCUGUCAUUUGGGACUAGGAUGGAUAUGCCUUGCUUAUGGUUUCAUUGGGUAGGGCGUGUUUAGAUCCUCUGUGUUAAUGUUUAUUUAGGGUUAGGUCAUAUAGGAUUACAUUAUCCAAGAGUUGUAUUUAUCUUUCUCUAAGAGGGAUAUUUAAUGGUUAAACUAUCUAUAACUUAAAGUUAUUGUA